UGUGGCGCUUUUGUCAACUAGUGGACGCUCUUGGAAAAAAUCAUUCUGGAUAGUAGCAUCUGUUCACUCUCUAUUAGUAUGGCUGAUGAGAUUCAUGAGGUGUUAGUCUCGUGAUUACUUAGAGUCUUGAUUUUUUGUUUCUGUGAAUAAUGUUAUUCUUCGUAUCAUAAAACACAAUUAGACUGCUGGAUUCUGUGUGCACUGACGCCAUUGAACGAAGUAACGACAAUAGCCGAAAUGGAAGAGAAUCAAACAUCGGAAAGUGUCGCCGUGUUACCGGACAUUUCCGAACCAUUAACGAGUGAAACCGAGGAGACGUCCAGUCUGACGACCGAGCACGAAGCUCAUCCUGUCGCGGUUACAACCACUGUCCAAGGAGUUUCUACUGUCCAAGGAGUUCCUGUUUCUCUACCCGUUGGCUCAAUUAUUGGUGUUGCAAAUUCUACUAAUGGCACUACUUUCAAUGUCAUCACGUCUGAUCAAUUACAGCUGCCAGGCUCUGGCCAAUUUAAACAGAUGUUAUGCGUUGACAAUGGCUUUAUCUGUGAACCUAGGCACGAUAAGGAAGCUGACCCACUCAGGUGGAGUGGAGAGCUCAAAACGACUCAUAUUGUUAUACAAAAUAGUGCCGAAGAAACAGAAACUGAGCAGCAACAGAUUCAUGUUACUCCUAACAAUAAUAAUCAAAACAUUUGCAGCUGGACUGAGUCUGCUAACAUGGCAGUUUUACCGAUAAGAUGUAAGAAUACAAAUGCAGAAUUGCAUAAGAGUCGAUUUGGAUCUGGGGGAAGAGGGAGAUGUAUAAAGCUUGGCCAGGAAUGGUACACACCGAGCGAGUUUGAAGCUCUUUGUGGCAGAGCUUCUAGUAAAGAUUGGAAAAGAAGUAUUAGAUUUGGCGGAAGAAGUCUUCAAACUUUAAUUGAAGAAAAUAUUUUAAAACCUCAUGCUACAUCAUGUACCUGCGCUGCUUGCUGUGACGACGAUAGUGCAAGCGGACCAGUUCGUCUAUUCACACCAUACAAACGUCGAAGAAGAGCAAGAGACAGUAAUACUGAGCAUGAAACUCCUUUAAGAAAGAUGAAAAGUGACAAUUCACGAGACUGCAGCAACAAUGAAGAGAGUGAUAAUGAUGUGAAUGCUCAGGAUAAAGAUCAAGUAUGGCCUCAAUAUGUUUCAGCUGAUGGACUCGUAGUUCAUCCAUCUCAAGAACAGGAACAAGUAAUUCAGAAUAUACAUACAGAAAACGGCCAAACAGAUGAUCUUUUUAAAAAAUUAGAUGAAAUGUCAACGAAGAUGUUAAAAUUAGCUUAUGAAUUUAAGAGAACUGUUGAAGAAGCAAAAGAACUCAGCCGUCAACAAAAGAGAGAACAAGCGUUAGUUGCUCAAUUAGGAACAAGAGGUGAUGUAAUUGAAGCUGUUGGUUUACAACCAGCAACUAGUUCUCAUACCAAAAAGUGUGCAAAUUGCGAUCGAGAAGCAUUCGCCGAGUGUUCACUUUGUAGACGUACGCCAUAUUGUUCAACCUUUUGUCAACGUAAAGAUUGGGCUGGACAUCAAGUAGAAUGUGUUCGAGGUGCAGCAGAGACUGUAAUGUUGAUUGUUGAAAGUAAUUCUGAAGCCGGCACUCUAAAUACAACAACUGAGGACCAAUAAUUAUGAUAAUCUCAUAAUUAAAAAAAAUAAGACAAAGUAACGAUACUCUUUAUAAAAA